ACCAAUAAAACAAAAAUUAAUAAAACCAAGGGAAACCGGCAUGAAAUUCGUUUUAGAAAGCCUCACCAAGAACGGUGGGCGUCUGGGCCAGCUGCACAUAAAGGAUGGAGCACCAGAGCAGCGGACACCGCUGCUAAUGCAAACAACAAAAGGCGGCAGCAUUCCGUGUCUGUCCGCCGACGUCUUUGAGAGCCAUGUGACGAGGAAGCCACAUGUUCUUCAGCUUACCCUGUCGACCAUCGACCAAAUGACGGAGGCGCUGGCCCAGUGGAACAGUGGAGAUCGGGGACUGAGCGAUUAUGUGGGAUUUCCCGGACACAUGAAUGUGCUACUGCUGCGGGAUCCUUGCGAGAUGACGCCAGCAGGUGGAAACGACCGGGACAUACAGCCGCUGUUCACGCGCCGAGGCAAAGAGUCGCUUUCGCCCCAGCGGUACAUGGAAAUGGUGGCUAGCCUUAAGCCAGACAUCUACCAGGGGCUGUGCGACGCAGACACUAAUGCAGAGAGCUCCAAGAAACGUGUUCAGAAAUCCGUGGACCGCACCGAGAAGUUCAUGCAAUACAUCUACGAGAACAAGAGCAAAGUGGAGUCUGGCCUGCUGGCGCCCAUUGUAGGUGGCUACAACACCUUUGCCCGGACGCAGUCCAUAAAACAUGCCCGCGAACAGCCCGUAGGCAGCUAUGGCGGCUACGUCUUUGAGGGAUUCCACACGAAUGGCUUGACUGCCACCACACUGGAUGCGUCCAAGCUGUUGCCGAUUGUCCAGCAUUGUGUGGGGCAGCUGGAGGAGGACAAGCCGCGAAUGGUGCCGGGUGCAUAUACACCAUUGACCACGCUGGAGCUGAUUGGCCUGGGCAUGGAUCUAUUCGACACUUCCUAUGCCUAUUGCGCCGCAGUCAACUUUAAGGCCUUGACGUUUACUUUUGUCCAGAAUGAUGAUGCCAUCGUGCACGUUCCCUUCCUAGACAUCACGGAUGAUGCAAACAAAGAGGAUUUCACGCCACUGCUGAAAAAUUGCGACUGCCUGAGCUGCCAGAAACACACGCGUGCUUACGUACAUCAUCUGUACAAGACCAACGAGCUGCUGGGUCCUAUUCUACUAAUGAUCCACAAUCUGCAUCAUUACAUGGAAUUCUUUGAGGCUAUAAGGCAGAGCAUUGCCAGCGAUGGCCUGCAGCAGCUGAUGGAGCUGGUUAGGCGGCAGAAUGGCGACUCCCAGGUGGACUAUAGCAUCGCACCCAACCGUAAAGUGAUUAGCAAAGCAACAAUGGGCAAAGGAUUUGCUGCAGCUGCUGUGUGACUCAAAUAAGGAGUAGAUUUAGUAUAAAUAAAUAGCCUCUUGGUCUCUA